AUGGAAGGCCCCCAAAUUGAGAAAGAUGCUCAGCCAUAUUCCUCCAUGGCUGGGAAGCUCGAUAACAGACUGCUCAAAGGCCUCGAUGUGAUGGGCUUUGAGUUUAUGACCCCUGUCCAACAACGCGUUCUGAACGAACUUCCUGACUGGCGCAGCGACUGUCUUGUCCAGGCCAAGACUGGCACUGGUAAAACCUUGGCUUUCUUGCUACCUGCCUUGCAUUGUAUCCUUCAGGGCCAAGCUCCCCCGGCGGGCCAUGUUGCCAUCCUCAUCGUUACUCCAACCCGAGAGCUCGCCCAGCAAAUUGCGAAAUCUUGCGAUCAACUGACUUCACAACUAGCCAAACCUCUUGAAUGCCACAUAGCAGUUGGUGGUACAUCCCGUUCGUCCAACCUGAGUGCCUUCAUGAAAGGAAAGCCUUCAAUUCUGGUUGCCACCCCGGGACGACUGAAGGACUACUUGUCCGAGGCUCCCACCGCCAAGAAGCUGUCCAAGAUUCAGACCCUUGUCCUUGACGAGGCUGACACGAUGCUUGAGAGCGGUUUCUUGCAGGAGUUGAAGGCGAUCCUCAGACUUCUCCCGCAGAAGAGCGUCGGUUGGCAAGGCAUGUGCUUCUCAGCUACUGUGCCACCCAAGGUCAAGGAUGUGGUCAGUGUUGUGUUAAAGUCUGGUUAUACCAGCAUAUCGACAAUCGAGAAAAACGAAGCACCUACCCACGAGAGAGUGCCCCAGUACUACGUGGAAAUGCCAUCUGUCGGAAACACUUUUACUACACUCACUUCCCUUAUCAAGCACGAGUCUAAGAACAGUUCUAAGAUAAUUGUCUUCGGUGUCACUGCCAAUAUGGUUGCUCUCAUGGCCAAGGUAUUCGCCAAGGGCCUGACCAAUUUGAAGGUGUUCGAGAUCCACUCCCGGCUCAGCCAGUCUGCCCGUACUCGCACAACCGAGCAAUUCAAGGAGGUGGCUGCCGGUAUCCUGUUCGCAUCAGAUGUCAUCGGCCGCGGUAUGGAUUUCCCGAACGUUGACCUGGUCAUUCAGGUCGGCUUGCCGUCAAACGCUGAACAGUACGUUCACCGUGUUGGUCGUACAGCCCGGGCUGGUAAUGAUGGCCGCGCUAUUAUUCUCCUUACAAAGGGUGAAACUUUCUUCAUGUCCAAUAACCGCCACCUGCCCAUUCAACCUCACCCCGAAAACGACGCUAUCAACGCCGGCGCUCCCUCGUUUGGGACUGCCGUCAUGACCGCUAUGUAUCAGCUCGAAGAGGAUACAAAGCAACGUGCCUACUCAUCCUACAUUGGUUUCUUCGCUGGAUCAGGUCUAUUAAGACAGCUGCGCCUUGAUAAACCUGCCCUUGUACAACUUGCCAACGAACUGGCUACUGUGGGCAUGGGAUGUCCCGAGCCUCCCCCGAUGGACAAGAAGGUCAUUGGUAAAAUGGGACUGAAGGGUAUUCCUGGCUUCAACUAUGCCAACGAAAGUCAAUCCGGCGGCCGAGGUGCCCCUCACCGACGCGACCACAGAUCUCGUGACGUGCUUAGCCCUGGACACGGAGGUGGAGUUGAGAAGCGAGGUGGAGAAGGCCGUGGCCGUGGAGGUCGUGGUCGCGGUGGUCGGGGCCGGGGUGGUGGUGGUCGAGGCCGCGGACGAGGCCGAGGUGCUUAG